AUGUCCGAAGUAAAAAAAGUUGACGAACAUUCGAAGGCACAACUAGAUUAUUCUAUUCAACCUCAAAAAACAACUCCUGCUUUAAAUACUUCAGAAUGGCCAUUAUUGUUAAAAAAUUACGAUAAGCUUCACGUCCGCACCGGGCAUUAUACGCCAGUCACUCACGGAUGCUCUCCGCUUAAACGGGAACUUGGGGAAUACAUAAGAUAUGGCAUUAUCAAUCUUGAUAAACCCGCAAAUCCUUCUUCACAUGAAGUAGUUGCAUGGGUUCGCCGUAUACUUGGCGUCGAAAAGACCGGUCACAGUGGAAAGGAGUAUGUUUGCGUUAUUCGAUUCCACGAUUCACUUAGUUCGCCAAGAAAGUUUUCUUCGGCCUUGGAGACUCUUACGGGCGCCCUCUUCCAACGUCCUCCCUUGAUAUCGGCGGUCAAACGACAAUUACGCAUAAGAACCAUCCAUGAGAGCAAAUUAAUAGAAUAUGAUAACGUUCGUCAUUUGGGUGUUUUUUGGGUUAGUUGUGAAGCUGGAACCUAUAUUCGCACGUUGUGUGUUCAUAUGGGCCUUAUUCUCGGUGUUGGCGCUCACAUGCAAGAACUUCGUCGCGUUCGUUCCGGCGCGUUGUCUGAAAAUGAUAACAUGGUCACGAUGCACGAUGUGUUGGACGCCAAAUGGUUGUACGAAAACUCCAAAGAUGUUAUUCGUCCACUUGAAACUCUUCUUACGACCUAUAAACGUAUUGUGGUGAAAGAUAGUGCUGUCAAUGCCAUAUGCUAUGGCGCAAAAUUGAUGGUGCCGGGUCUACUUCGAUACGAAGAAGGGAUCGAGUUAAAUGAAGAAGUUGUCCUAAUGACCACAAAAGGAGAAGCCAUUGCCCUCGGAAUUGCACUGAUGACAACGGCCGUGAUGGGAACCGUUGAUCACGGGGUGGUUGCUAAAAUCAAGCGCGUAAUCAUGGAACGAGACACCUAUCCAAGAGUCUGGGGACUAGGUCCUAAAGCUUCGGAAAAGAAGAAAUUGAUUUCCGAAGGUAAAUUAGACAAAUACGGUCGAUCUAAUGAUAACACACCUGAGCACUGGAGAAGAUCGUAUGUUGAUUUGCGAGAUGUGGGCACGAGAAAUGACGUCGGUAAAUCAACACCCGAGGUGUCGAAACCGACUGAGAUACCAGCACCCAUAGAGACAACUUCACAACCUCAGAACCUAAUACAGGAGGUGCAAUCUACACUUUCAAAGAAGAGAAAAGCUACGGAUGAGUCGGUUGAAGAGGUUGAAGAAGAGAAACUACCCAAAAAAGAGAAGAAAGCGAAAAAACCAAAGAUCAAAGAACAUUCUCAUUCAGAAUUGAGCACGUCGAGCGUGACUAUAGUUAAAAGAAAAUCUGACUCGGAUGACGACAACUCUGGUCAGCCGGAAGGCUCCACCACGGAAAAAACUCCGAAGAAAAAAGUGAAAAAGGAAAAGAAAGCGUCUGGAAAAGAACGUGCGGAGAAUGAUGAUAACGAUGAACAAAAAUCUGAAAAGAAAAAAUCGAAAAAAGAAAAGAAAGAUAAGAAGGGAAAGUCAAAAGCCGAAUGA